AUGAGUGACGCGAAAGAUCCAAAGAGUGACGCAAAAGAUGCAAAGGGUAACGAAAAAAAAGGUGCAAAGAGAGACGCAAAAGAUGCAAAGAGUGACAGAAAAGAUGCAAAGAGUGACGCACAAGAUGCAAAGAGUGACGAAAAGGAUGCAAAGAGUGACGAAAAGGAUGCAAAGAAUGCAAAUAGUGACGAAAAAGAUGCAAAUUGGUACGAAAAAGAUGCAAAUUGGUACGAAAAAGAUGCAAAUAGUGACGGAAAAGAUGCAAAUAGUGACGGAAAAGAUGCAAAAGUAACUAAAGAGAUGCAAAGAGUGUCACAAAAGAUGCAACUAGUGACGAAAAAGAUGCAAAUAGUGACGAAAAAAAAUGCAAAUAGUGACGAAAAAGAUGCAAAUUUGUACGAAAAAGAUGCAAAUAGUGACGGAAAAGAUGCAAAGAGUGAUGCAAAAGAUACAACGAGUGACACAAAAGAUGCAAAGAGUGACGCGAAAGAUGUAAAAAGUGACACAAAAGAUGCAAAAAUGAAGCAAAAGAAAUGCAAAUGA